AAAAGAAACUUUGACCCAGGAAAUAAUACAUAUAGAGAGAGAUAGAAGAGAGAGAAAGAGAGCGUAGAUGCAGCCAGCCUAAGAAACAGCGCUGACCUCUUCUCCGAUGAUGAUGGAAAGUAUUAUUGGGAAACUGCGGAGCCUGGAUGCGUACCCUAAAAUCAAUGAGGAUUUCUAUAGCAGAACCCUCUCCGGCGGUGUUAUAACCCUUGCUUCCUCCAUUGUUAUGCUCCUCCUCUUCAUCUCCGAGCUCAGAUUAUAUCUUCAUUCGGUAACUGAGACAAAAUUAGUGGUUGAUACGUCGAGAGGAGAAAGGCUUCGCAUUAAUUUUGAUGUGACUUUUCCAGCACUUGCAUGUUCUAUGGUUAGUCUUGAUGCCAUGGAUAUCAGCGGAGAGCAACACUUGGAUGUCAGACAUGACAUUAUCAAGAAGAGGAUUGAUGCUCAUGGUAAUGUCAUAGAAACAAGGCCUGAUACUAUUGGGGGUCCCAAGAUUGAACGACCUUUACAAAGACAUGGUGGAAGACUCGAACACAACGAAACCUAUUGUGGUUCAUGUUUUGGUGCAGAAACGUCAGAAGAUGAAUGUUGUAACAAUUGUGAAGAAGUUCGUGAAGCGUAUAGAAAGAAAGGUUGGGCAUUAUCAAAUCCGGAUUUGGUCGAUCAGUGCAAAAGAGAAGGUUUUCUCCAAAUGAUCAAAGAUGAAGAUGGGGAAGGAUGUAACAUAUAUGGAUUCUUGGAUGUCAAUAAGGUAGCUGGUAAUUUCCAUUUUGCCCCUGGCAAGAGUUUCCAACAGUCCAAUGUGCACGUUCAUGACCUGCUAGCCUUUCAAAAGGACAGUUUUAAUAUAAGUCACACGAUCAACAGAUUAGCAUUCGGAGACUACUUCCCGGGUGUAGUCAAUCCUCUCGAUGGUGUGGAAUGGAUACAACAGACACCAAAUGCAAUGUAUCAGUAUUUCCUCAAGGUUGUGCCAACUGUAUUCACAGAUGUCAAUGGACAUGCUAUCCAGUCGAAUCAGUUCUCUGUAACCGAACAUGUUAAAGGAUCAGAAUUGGGUCGACUUCAAACUCUUCCCGGAGCAUUCUUUUUUUACGACCUUUCACCAAUUAAGGUAACUUUCACAGAGACGCACGUUUCGUUCUUGCACUUCUUGACGAAUGUCUGUGCCAUUGUUGGAGGUGUAUUCACAGUAUCGGGAAUCAUCGACUCGUUCGUAUAUCAUGGUCAAAAAGCAAUUAAAAAGAAAAUGGAAAUAGGUAAGUUCAGCUGAUUAUUGAUGCUUGUACAAUGUCGCAUGGUGCUUUUGGGAUCGAAAUUCGCUUGCCAGAGAAAACCAUUCCCUUCAAAAACAGAACGGUACUCGUACAACGGUACAGGUUUUUCCCUGCUAAGUGUUAUCGAACAACUUCACGGUCGCAGCUACAUUAGUUUUGUGAUAUUUGUUAAUUGAAUAGAUUAAUAAUUGUAGCAAUUGUUUCAUAGUUUCUGGUUCUGUCUUAUUUUGGCAAUAGAUUUUUGUGACUGUAUUUAUACUAGUUUUGAUAUUUAAUCUCAUUUAAUCUGCUUCAGAAGCAACUUUGAUAAUGCUAUUUGUUUGCCCCUUUGGUGUAUAGAUGGAAAGUUCAGCUAGGCCUCGUUUGGUUAGGGAGAUUUGUCAUCCUUAACUACAUAGUUGGAUUUUGUUUGAUGUUUGGUAUCCUCAAUAACUUGCCGGGUCGACCCGCAAAUAUUAUAUUA